AUGUUGUACAGAUUGAAUGACUUCGAAGCAAUUACAGACUUUUUAAUUGAAUAUCACGAGAAACUACUGGAUUUUCCAUCAUAUCGGGAUUUUUGGAAGGUGUAUCCUUUGUUUGUGAAUUUUUGCAGCCCCCACAAAUGUGUUACCUCUCAGCAGGAUUUCAAGGCAUAUCUCCUUCAAUUCACAGCGAUCAGCAAAGCCAUCAAGUUCAAGCCGGAUCUUGUGAGCUGCUCAGACAGAGAUUUGGGUCGCGUUCGGAUUGAGUGGAUCAGCAUUGAUGCUUUAAAGAUUUUGAAGAAAAAACUACAACAAAAUGACGACGAGUCGACCAAGACCAAUACCAAUAUCCAUACCAAAAACAACACCAAAACCAGCAUCAAAACCAGUAGCAAAAACAAGACCACAAAUAGGACCACGAGCAAGACCAAGAGCGAAAAGAACGAGCAGCCAAGACAGGAAACACCGCGACUGCAAACACUCCUCGACUUUGCUCAAGACAAGUCGUGUCAAACUGCACCACUCGCUGAAGCAACUCACCUAACACUCAACAUUGUCCUUGAGUUCCUAAACAAACACACGGCGAAAACUAUUCUCGGCAAGCAGCGGGCACAUUUAAACACACAAACAACACCUUUCCCUCUAGUGUGCAGCGAGCCGAAACACGCGCUAAGUCUCGCCAACGUUGGAUUGAACAGAAGAGACUUGGCCAACAGCAAUUUGCGCCAGUUAUCUUCGGAAACGGCCGUGCAUCACCGAAUCCACCAAUCUCGAAACCUGCUCAACUUGGAAACUUAUCAGUGUUCAUUGGACAAGAUCCAUUUCUUACCAAUCGUUUAUAACCAUACCGAUUUAAACUUGGGCGAUUGUUCUUAUUUGGACACAUGCCACAAGAUGAAGACUUGCAGAUAUCUUCAUUAUUACACUUUGAAUCCCGUGGCAAAACCGGGGCAUGCUACAGCUAAACCACAAACUGCUGCUGCAACAAAAGCUUCAGAUUAUACCUUGGGCCAAUGCUUCACCGAAUCAUUCCGACAAAUAACUCCACCUCAGUGGAUAAGUUGCGACGUACGUCUCCUUCCCUUUAAAAUCUUGGGUAAAUUUGCAGCUAUCAUUUCCGAUCCAGCUUGGGAUAUCCACAUGUCACUACCCUAUAGCACAUGCAAGGACGAUGAAUUACUAGAAUUGCCCAUGCACGAGUUACAAGAUGAAGGAAUCAUCAUGCUCUGGGUCACGGGCAGGUCCAUCGAGAUUGGGCGUCGCGCUUUGCUCAAGUGGGGCUACUCGGUCAGCGACGAGAUGAUCUGGAUCAAGUUGAACCAGUUGAAGCGCACAAUCGUCACGGGAAGAACAGGCCACUGGUUGAACCAUUCAAAGGAACAUUUGCUUGUGGGAUUAAAGGGGAACCCGAUUUGGCUCAAUUGCAAAAUCGACACCGAUGUUGUUGUUAGCAACACUAGAGAGACGUCGCGUAAACCGGAUGAGUUUUAUGAAAUCAUUGAAAGGAUGGUGGGCAAGCAUGCGAGGAAAUUGGAAAUAUUUGGCAGAACUCACAAUACCAGACCCGGCUGGUUGACCAUUGGCAAUCAAUUGCAAGGCGUUUCAUUGUCGGAGCCUGAGUUGAGGCACAAGUAUGAGACCUAUGUUUCUUCCCACAUGUGA